CCGACAUAUGCCGCUUUCUCAUCUUCCAACCUGAGUGCGACCGCUGCCAAUGCGGCGAAGCGGCGCUCCACCAUCUUGGUCCACCAGAAGUCGCCGCUCCUGCUUGCGACGCCUCCGCAGGUCACGAGGGCACUGGCCUAUAGCCACCCGUUCCUGCUGCCACUGAACAAGCUGGUUGGGCUGCUGAGCUGGACCUCCGGCGACCCAUGGGAGAGCUUCCUGCUGCUCGCCGUCUUCUGGGCCGUUGUACAAUAUGGCGACGUCGUCCUUCGAUGGGCGGGGCCCAUCAUCACCGUGCUGGGCAUAAUAGCCGGCAUGUACGGCCGGCGAUAUAGCCCCUUGAGCAGCAGCGGGUGGGCCGAGCACCCGAGUUGGACUGCUGGGAGUAACACCUCCAAGAAAGGCAAGGAGUCCAACAGCAAUGCCGGGGGAGGGAACACGGCAUCACAUCAGAGAAACACGAGCGAGGUUACGAGUACGAGGCACCAAAAGACACUAGACGAGAUCGUAGAAACACUGAAAGUGCUAACCACGAGGUGCAACAUCUUGCUGGAGCCCUUGCUGGAGAUGACAGACUUUCUGAGCACGCAGCGCACCGCUACGAGCGCGACUACGAGGCCUGCUCUGACAACUCUGUUCGUGCGGAUCUUGGCAAUCACACCAUUUUGGGUUGCCCUUACCCUGCCCCCCUGGAGGAUCAUCACUACAAAAAGGGUGGUGAUGGUGUUCGGAACGCUGAUUUUGACAUGGCAUUCGAGGAUAUCCCGGGUCACGCGCACACUUUUAUGGCGGAGCGCUGCUGUGAGAAGGGCCGCGCGGUUCAUUACAGGACUUGAAUUCGAAGGGCCAAGGAAGCCGGCGACAAAGGGCACGGCAAAAGACAAAUCACCGCCAGCUCCAGACAAGAAGGCCGAGUUGCAGAAAUCACAGUCACAUUCUGCACUCACGGCGGCUUUGAAGCGACACGGGUCUUCCUUUUCUGGAAAGGAGACGGGUGUCAGAUUUACAUUUAUUAUUUACGAGAACCAGAGGCGUUGGGUCGGCUUGGGUUGGACGAAUAGUCUGUUUGCGUACGAAAGGAACGCGUGGACGGAUGAGCAUAAUAAUGCCGUGCCCCCGAAGGAUCAGUUUGAACUUCCAGAAGUCGACGAUGGAGUUGCGAAGUGGCGAUGGGUCAAGGGAAGCAAGUGGCGGGUUGAUGGCCUCGGCGAUGUCCAGGAUGACAGCGAGUAUGACGGCGAGGCCGGGAAGAACGGGUGGAUUUACUACGACAACAAGUGGAAUACUGGCCGUCGUGGUGCCGACGGCUGGGGCAAAUGGACCCGACGUCGGAAGUGGUAUCGUGAUGCCGAGCUGGUUGAGGUAGAUGCGAAUGAACAACACGAUCAGAGCCAAGGAGCAAACCGUGGGGCCGACCUAUCCACGUCCCCUCCACCGCCAAAACUCCCUCCGCGUACCGAUACCUCGGCGCCCAAACUCCCUCCACGUACUGAUGCUUCAGCUCGACACGCCGCAGAAACCAACGAAGAUGCAGAUAGCGUCUCCGUCCUCUCGACCUCCUCCAAAUCAAAUGGUAGGUGGAGGUUCCCUGGCACAGGCGGCGGCAACAGCGCCCCUUCGAAACCCCCACCUAUCCCUAGGAGGAAAACGGGCGAGUCGGUCACAGGAGGCAAUGAGAAGCGGAAGAGUAGGAGGCUAAGCGAAACGGGCAGUAUCAAGAAGGAUAACGAGGGCAAUUUAACACCAGCGCUUGAGUUGGAGAUACAGGGAAGCAGGAGAGAUCAGAAUAGUUGGGGCAUUGGCGAUGAUGUGGCCAUGGGGCUUGAUUAG